AUGACACAAUCCCACCUCCCCUUCCCCGUCCCCGUCCCCAACGCAACCAUCCCCUUCUGGCGUACAAACCCCCACCCCCUCGACACCCACCGCUCAACCGCCUCCCUCCCCCAAAAGACCGACAUCCUCAUCAUCGGCGCCGGCUACGCAGGAAUAAGUACCGCCUACCACCUCAUCACCUCCUCCUCCUCUUCACCACCACCGUCCAUCGUCCUCCUCGAAGCACGAGAAAUAUGUUCCGGCGCCACCGGACGCAAUGGAGGCCAUCUCAGACCGAGCGUUCCGUUCCCGGAACUCAUCGAGAAAUAUGGUAUCGCAGCCUGUCUAGAGAUCGUUUUAUUUGAAAUCGCGCAUAUGGACGCGAUGAAAUCGCUUAUUGAAAAAGAAGGCAUAGUGUGUGAUUUCACUUUGACAGGAGGUCAUACAGUGACGAAAGAUCCUGCGACCGUGGAAUUCAUGAAAGAUGUUCUGGGGCGAUAUAUCGCUGAAUGUCCUGAUCUGGCGGAGGAUUACACGGUUGUUGUGGGGGAGGAGGCAGAGAAGCAGAGUGGUGUUAAGGGCGUUAUUGGGGAUUGGCAGCACGAGGUGGCGCAUUUGUGGCCGUAUAAGUUGUUUGCUGGAUUGUUGGAGAUUUGUGUCAAGAGAGGGGUUAAUUUACAGACUAAUACGGCGGUUUUGAAGAGUGGGGGGAGGGAUGAGGAGGGGUAUUGGGGGUUUGAGACGGAGAGGGGGGACGUUAGGGCGAAGAAGGUGGUUUUUGCUACGAAUGGGUAUACGGCUGGUUUACUGCCGGAGUAUAAGGAUGUCAUUGCUCCGAGGAAAGCUCUUUGUACGCAUAUUGUUGUCAAGCCUUCUGCCGAGGAUGGUAAGGUGAAGAGGAUGGGCAAUGGAUGGGAUAGCACCUAUAUUAUCGAGCCCCCGCUUGGUGGUUUCGAUUAUCUCAUUCAGAGACCCGAUGGUGGUGUGGUUGUGGGUGGCGCGAAUCGGACGUAUAAGGAGGAUGGAAGUGGGUUAGGAGAUUGGGAUGAUAGUUCUAUGAUCAAGCCUGCGGAGGGGUAUUUUGAAGGGUACUUGGAGAGGUAUUUCAGUACUUUCAAGAAGGGUGAGGAUGAGGAGACAGUUGAUAUGGCUUGGACUGGUAUACAAGGUCAUACGCCGGAUAGUCUGCCUCACAUUGGUGCGGUCCCAGGUAAAGAAGGCCAGUUCAUCAUUGCUGGGUUCAAUGGGCAUGGUAUGCCAGUGAUUCAUUUGUCGUCCAAGGGCUUGGUGGAGAUGAUAGUAGAGGGAAAGAAGUUCGAGGAAACUAGGAUUCCAAAGUUGUAUGAGGCGACAAAGGAGAGAUUGGGUGUUAAGUUUGUGCUUUGAAGAACCGAGGUG